UGCGCCGGCUGACUUUGGAACCGCCAUGACAGAUGUUUCUCCCCGACAUGUCUCUCUCCAGCAGCAGAUCGAUCGUCAAGCCAUUGCCCCGUCCGAAACGGCGGCUCUGGAGAAUGGGGACAGGGCGCCUUGCCUCGUCCAUCAACUGAAGCACGACAAGUCCAUUCUCGCCCUCGCCGUGUCCGCCACGAGCAUCUUUGCUGGAACGCAGGGCGGAGAGAUACUAGUAUACAGUCUGGAUACCUUUGAGCGGCGGCGAGUGCUGGAGGCUCAUCGGGGAAGCGUCCUCGCACUGUGCCUGUCACACGACCAGUCACUGCUCUUCUCAAGCGCCACCGACCCAAUCGUCAAUGUCUGGUCAACAACCUCAUUCCGACGCCUGUACACCCUCUGGUCUACCUACGAUGUUGGCGACAUCUUCUGCCUCGCCUACUCCUCUUACCACCAUACCCUCUAUCUUGGAGCCCAGAACACGAGUAUCCAAUGGUACGAUCUCAAAGAGAAGGAUGCGCGGCCCCGACCGCUCCUCACAUCCCACCCCUCCGAGCGCAGAGACCGAUUCUUCGAUUCGGCCGGUCCAGGAGGCGUCCAGACUCCCCGUCCCAAUGCGGCUGAGACCAGUCUACGCGAUGCGGUAGGUGGACAGAAUCUGGAGAUUGAUAAGUAUGAUAUACGACAAUUUGCCCACUACGGCUAUGUAUACUGCAUGUUGCUAGGCAGGGACAUGCUUCCAGAGGCGCCAUCCGAGGAGGUGCUGGUUUCAGGAGGAGGCGAUGGCCGCAUUAAUCUCUGGCGCACAGAUACGAAAAAUAGGGGUGCCAUAUCUCUGGCAUACACCCUCGAGGACGGAAGAGAGGAAGGAGAAUCCAUCUUGUCGCUCGCAAGAGAGGGCACAUUCCUCUACAGCGGCCGUCUAGGCGGAGAAGUCAAUGUGUGGGAUCUUGAGACGAGACAGCUGGUCAGGAGCCUGAAGGCCACCACGGGCGAUGUGCAAACUCUGAGCAUUGGUGGAGGAUUCUUGUUCGCUGGUGGUGUGUCUGGCGUUGUUCAGAAAUUCAAUCAGCAUUAUGAAUCAGUAUCCACCUUCAAGGCGCACAAUGGUUUGAUUCUGGCAUCUGCCUUCACGGAUUUUGAUGGAAAGCCUAUGUACGUGUCUGGCGGUAACGACAGCACGAUAGCCAUAUGGAACGUGCAGGACUGUGCGGAGCCGUCUUCGACACCCAGGCGGACGAGUAAUGACCUCAUGGUCGAGUCUCUCAGCCAAUUCAUCUCCUUCCGCACGGUAUCAUCUCUGCCAAAGUACCGCGCAGCCUGCAGACGAGGAGCCUCCUUCCUGCGCUCUGUUUUCCAGAACUUUGGCGCCGUCACUGAGAUGCUCAACACCAGCGAACCCUACAAUCCGAUCGUCUUCGCGAAAUUCAGGGGCAACCCUGCAACUGCAGCUUCCAGGAAGAAGAUACUCUUCUACGGCCAUUACGACGUUAUAUCCGCCGAAAACGAGCAGGCUAAAUGGAAAUACGACCCUUUCACCUUGACAGGCGAGGGCGGCUACCUGUAUGGCAGAGGUGUCUCGGACAACAAAGGUCCCAUCAUGGCAGCCAUCUACGCAGCUCACGAACUGGCCAACGAACAAUCUUUGGACGCCGACAUCCUGUUCCUCAUUGAAGGCGAAGAAGAAUGCGGCUCCCGCGGCUUCAAGGAGGCUGUACGAGCGAAGAAAGACCUGAUCGGAAAUGUCGAUUGGAUCCUCCUGGCGAACAGCUACUGGCUGGACGACCAUGUGCCGUGCCUGACAUACGGUCUCCGAGGCGUUAUCCACGCAACCGUCCAGAUCGAAAGCAAGCACCCAGAUCUUCACAGCGGUGUAGAUGGCAGCGCGCUGCUCGACGAACCCCUGAAGGACCUCACCAUGCUACUCUCUACACUGCUAGGCCGGCAUGGCAAAGUACAGAUACCCGGAUUCUAUGACCCCAUCCUCCCUCUCACAGCCCAGGAAAAACAACUCUACAUAGACAUCACAGACACCCUCCUUCGCAGCAACCCGGACCUCGGCGAUCCCGAUCACCUCGCCCUGUCCCUCAUGCGUCGCUGGCGCGAAGCCUCGCUCACGAUCCACGGCUACCAGACCUCGGGCCCGGAUAACUCGACCAUCAUCCCUCGUCUGGCUAAGGCGUCUCUGUCCAUCCGCCUGGUGCCUAACCAAGAGUCAUCAGAAGUCUCCAAAGCUCUGGUCUCCUACCUGCACUCCGAGUUCGCGAAACUGGAUAGCAAGAAUAGUCUCAGAGUAACGAUUGAUCACCAGGCCGAACCUUGGUUGGGCGACUAUAAUAACGAGAUCUUCCGCACGCUGGAGAAGGCGAUCCGCUCGGUUUGGGGGUCCACGGCGGCGACUGUUGGAGAUGCACGAAGAAGGAGUUCGGCAGCCGCGCUGCAAAUGAGCUCCGACCGCCCCGAACCCGCAACGUCGAACAUGCUCGCCAACAGCUCGGCCGGCCCUGCUGUCGACGACACACCCUCGGAAUUCGCGGCACCAAUGUCACCACCGCAACAGCAGCAGAAUGGUAGCAGCAAGGUCCUAUACAUCCGCGAGGGCGGCAGUAUCCCCAGCAUCCGGUUUCUGGAAAAGGAGUUCGGCGCUCCAGCGGCGCAACUGCCCUGCGGACAGGCAAGUGACAGCGCGCAUUUGGACAAUGAGAGGUUGAGGCUGGUGAAUCUGUAUAAUAGUAAGAAGAUUUUCAAGAGGGUGUUUACGGAGUUGCCUAGGAAGUAGCUGGCAGGGAACCGAGGCUCGGGAGCGAGUAGAUGGCGGGUCUGCUUUAGGAUACAGGACGGAAGGGUCGAGCAAUCAAUCAGUGAUGGAGUGCCCCUUUUCUUGUAUAGGCUUAUAGGUGUUAUACAUAGAUAGGCUCUUUUUGGGAAGGGAAAAUUCAAGGGCUUUUUGUUUGGACGAGCUACUCUCCUUCGAUCAUGUCUUGUGAAGGAAGGGACAUAGCAGGCGUCACUGUUCGCUCGCGGGCGGUCAUCACUACUACACUAUUCCCCUCGGCGCUUCUGGACAUCGAUAUCCAUA